AUGUCAGAAGUUGAGCAAAUCGUGUUUAACCCCGAACUUUCACAGACUAAUAAGCAAAUAGAAGAAACUACUAAUGCUACAACAACAGAAGAGGGAAACGCAAGAUAUUUCACAACUGGUGUUGAGGAACUAUCCGUUUCUGGUACCUCUAGUACCACGACAACUUCUCGAGGAGUGGUAACAGAAGACAGAAGCGCCACUACUUCUACAACUGAUCCAAAAAAACGACAAGUUCCACACCCAGAGAAAUCCUUUGCAUUGCAAAUAAAUUCGUUUGGCGAGGCGUCAGUGUUCACUUGGCGUGAAAUAGCCACUCCGAAAAUUGUUGGACCACAUGAUGUCAUUGUUAAAGUUGUGAACACAUCAGUUAAUCCGAUCGAUUGGAAAGUGAGAAAAGGAUUUAUGCAGGUUUUGGAGAAACCGACCUUUCCGCAUACUCUAGGCAGAGAUUUUUCUGGUACUAUCGUAGCUAAGGGAACCAGUGUAAAUCGAUUCUUCCUCAAAGAUAAAGUUUUCGGAGUAGUGCCUCAUGGAGCAUAUGCGCAGUAUAUUCGCGUCAACACAGAAAAAGACAUUAUCGAAAAAAAACCAGUCUCAAUCACGCAUGAAGAAGCAGCUGGUGCCCCGCUUGCAUCACUAGCUGCAUGGCAUUCCCUGGUUGAACUUGGUAAUCUGCCACACGGUGAGAAAGCAGCAGGCAACCCCAAAGUAUUAAUCAUUGGUGCGUCAGGAGGUGUUGGUACCUUUGCAGUUCAACUAGCAAAAAGAGCCAAUCGAGCAAGUGUGACAGCAGUCUGUUCAGGAAAAAAUGCAGAAUUAGUUACACGACUUGGCGCCGAUCGUGUAAUCGAUUAUAAACAACUCAAUUACGUUGAAGUAUUAAAAAGCGAACAAGAUUUUGACCUAGUCAUUGAUACAAUCGGCGAACAAGGAAAUUACGACAAGGCCAGCACACUUUUGAAAAAGAAUGGUAUCUAUGCAGCGGUCGCUACCGAAAUCAACGAGCAGAAAUUGACGAUUGGUGAUCUCGCGAAAUUCGGUGCUACAGUUGUCGGCAGAAAAAUCUUUGGCUCACGAACGUAUAAACCGUUGCUUGAUAUUGAUCGAAAAGAUUUCCCGAAAGUUAUUCCGUAUUUGGAACGUAGGGAAGUUAUAACGGUUAUUGGUGAACGGUUCUCACUUCAGGAUGGGUCGAAGGCACAUGAGUUAAGUCAGUCGUUGCAUGCUAGUGGAAAGAUUAUUCUAAAAGUUUCAUAG